GUUUCAGGCUGAAGUUUUUUGGACAUCGGAAGCGAGUUUUGCUGGGUUGCUGAUGCCGACAAUUGAACGUUAAAGCACGUUAACAGAUAACAGUGGAUAUUAACUGAUUGAUCCCGUACGCUGGUGAAUCGGCGGAACGUGAUGGGAUGCGUGUGCUCGUAACCGUUUCCUUCCCUGUUUUUUGAACGGCUGCUGGCAGCUUACAUGUGUUUUUCGUGGCGCCGGCGAGGCGUAUGUCUGGCUGUAGCUUAAAAAAUAAUACUAAUAUCCGCGGAGAGAAAAGGCGACCGCCGCGUUUGGUGAGCGGCCGUGGGGCAGCGUGCUGGAUACAGCGACCGCCGCCGCCCAAGCGUCCAGGCGUGCCUAUCACCUGCCCCCUCGCCCUGGCGGUGCAGGAGCCACCCAAUGGGCCGGAGCGGAUCCCCGGCGAUGCGGAGGUCGCCGUGGCGCCCGGCUCCGCCUCCAGCCCCCAGAGCGAAGCGGUGGCUAAUGAACUGCAGGAGCUUUCGCUGCAGCCCAACGCAGCUCUGCUGCUCCCCCUGCAGGAGAGGAAGAAUGUGCUCCAGCUCAAGCUCCAGCAGAGGCGAACCCGGGAGGAGCUGGUCAACCAGGGAAUCAUGCCACCUCUGAAGAGUCCUGCUGCCUUCCACGAGCAGCGGAAGAGUCUGGAACGAGCGCGGACUGAAGACUAUCUGAAGCGGAAGAUCCGCAGCCGCCCCGAGAGGUCUGAGUUGGUGCGCAUGCACAUCCUGGAGGAGACGUCGGCGGAGCCUUCCCUGCAGGCCAAGCAGUUGCGACUGAAGAGGGCCCGCCUGGCCGACGACCUCAACGACAAGAUCUCCCACCGGCCAGGUCCCAUGGAGCUCAUCCACAAGAACAUCUUGCCCGUGUACUCCACCAUCAAGAACACCCUCUUAGUCGAGACGGACUGCCUGAAGGGGACGGCAGAGAGCUCUUCACUGGAUGAGGAUAGCAGCGAUGCCCUAUCCCCGGAUCACCCUGCCAGCCAGGACUCUCCCCCAGACACGAGCAGGCCCAGCCGCAGUGGCUCCUCCCCCACACAGGCGCUGCCCCUCACUCCUCUCCCCGCCUCUGAGCCAAUCCACACACAGAGGCUGACCAAUGGUGUGGCACCAGUGUCCUCCCGCUCUGCCUCUGGGUUGAUUAAGCAGUCCCAGUCCAAGUCCAGCUCAGACCGGCCCUCGCAGCGCUCCAAGAAGCCCAAGGAGAGCAAGCCCAAGGUGAAGAAACUCAAGUACCACCAGUACAUCCCCCCCGACCAGAAGGCGGAGCGUGAGCCGCCGCCCCAGUUGGACGAUUCCUACGCCAAGCUGCUGCAGCAACAGCAGCUCUUCCUGCAGCUGCAGAUCCUCAACCAUCAGCACCAACAUCACUAUAACUACCACACCAUCUUGCCUGCUCCACCCAAACCCUCAGGCGAUCAACCGUCCGCUUCCUCCAACGCCCAAUCCCAGCCUCGUCCCGUGCCCGGCUCGACUUCCCCAUCCUCCAGUCAGAAUGGGCCGAGUCGCCAGAGCCAGCCCCCCGUUGGGGGUGCCAAACCCGGAGCUCUGCCUCCUAACCUGGAUGAUUUGAAGGUCGCAGAGCUGAAGCACGAGCUCAAGCUGCGGAGCCUGCCAGUGUCGGGAACCAAGAGCGACCUCAUCGAGAGGCUGAGGAACCACCACGAGCUCAGCCAAUGGGGAGCUGGAGGGGGCGGGGGUACAAAAACCAGCUUGCCCACUGGCUCUUGCCCCGGCUUAGGAAUCCACCAAUCGGGAGAAGUGGGCACGGGGACCUUACCUUUGACAACCAGUCGGAGCAGCCUGCCUCCCACGAUAUUGUUUGGCAGCACGAGCUCGUCCCCGCCCAUGUCGCCCGCCGCCUCCGAGCGCUCCGUGGCCGGCAUGAGCCCCGACGAGGCCAGCUGCAGCGGUGACGUGUUCGGGGAGUCGGUGAGCGCCCCCCUGACGCAGCUCAGCCUGCACGCCUCCCCCCAGCACCCCGCCUCCAUCAAAGAGGAGCACUCCGGGGUGGGGGCCUGCCGCUUCUCCCGGCAAGCUGGCACGGCCCCCCCGCGGGAGUCCCUGGACAAGGACCAGAUGCUGCAGGAGAAGGACAAGCAGAUCGAGGAGCUGACACGCAUGCUGCAGCAGAAGCAACGGCUGGUGGAGUCGCUGCGCUCGCAGCUGGAGCAGGGCAAGAGGGGAGGGCAGGCGCCAGGGGACGUCAAGGAGGAGCCCUCUGAGGAGGUCAGGGAGGAGGAGGGCGCGGAGACCAAGCUACCUGAGGGUCCCUCCUUGCAGCUGGACCAGGGCCUGCAUGUACCCCAGCAAUCAGCUGAGGAGCAGCAGCCAUCAAAGGCUGGAUUACAGCAGGUACUCGUAAGUCAACAAGCUACCAGUUCAACCCUCACCUCCUCUUUCCCGUUGGACCUUCUUAAGUUGAACCCGCCCCCAACCCUGCUGACUGACGGCAACGGCAACCACUACCUGAUUGCAGUGACCAGUCGCAGCGCCCCACAUGGCAAAGGGGCUGGGCGAAUCACGCUGCAGCGGGUACAGUCCACACCCUGCAAAACCUCUAGCCAAUCACCACCUCUUAUGGACACCAACAACCAAUCUGAACAGACAGUGAAACCUAGCCCCGUUGACUGCCCAAUCACAAAGGGAGGGAAGGUGGGGCUCCACAUUCAGGCCAACAGCUCACGGGGGCCCUUGGUGUCUCUCUCCGCUCCACCGAAACUACAGCCUUUCUUCCACAGUGACAGCACGCCCCCCUCCGAACACGCAGAACCCUCCUCUCCCGCCCACAAGGGGGUUGUGAAUUCGAACCGCGACCAAAACACCCUGUUCAGCUCUCCCUCCCCAGCCAGCAAGCAGAGCUCCCCCACGACGCCACACGCUAAGGAGAACGGCUGCUGCAGUCAGCAGAUGGACGACCUGCUGGAAAUCCUCAUCCGGAGCGGAGAAAUCCCUGCGGGCUUUAAAUCUGACUUCGGCCCCUCCCACUCCCGCCCUCAAGCCAGCCCCCCUCCUCUGUCUCCUCCCAGCUCCCCUCCGCACCUCUUGCACGAUCCUGUGGCGGUCUCGCCACCGCCAUCGCCCCCCAAGUUGGGGGACGGGCCGUGCGUGGAGAGUGGUCGUCUGGAGGACUUCCUGGAGAGCACCACGGGAAAGCCUCUAUUGGGGGCGGAGCCCGAUGGGCCGCUCCCCCUCAUCGAUGACCUCCACAGCCAAAUGCUGAGCACCUCCAGCAUCCUGGAUCACCCCCCUACUCCAAUGGACACCUGCGAGCUGAACUUCAGCUCCAAUGUGCCCGGAUUGGAAUUUGGAGACCCCGCCCUGGACAACAUGGACUGGCUGGACAUUACCAUGGGCGGGGGGCCUAGCGGGAGCAGCAGUGUCCAUGCGCUCACCCCCCUUAACUCCCACACGCCCUCCAACGUCUUUUCAGCAGACUUUCUGGACAGUGCAGACCUGCAUCUCUACUGGGACUCCGGUUUGUAGCCUCUGUGGCCUCCAACCUCCACAAAACCCUGUCCAUUCAUAGGAGACCUGCCCAUGGUCACCAUGCCCACGUGCAAGAGGCCACACCCAUCUGCGGGUGGCCAAACCCACUCCAGUGUAUCCAUGCCAACGGUUUCCUUGGAGACAUGUUUGGCACAUAUCUUGGCAUUACCCGAAUUGUGUCCCUAUAGCACUGAGACAGGAUUGCAGUCCUGUCCCCGCCCUGUACUGUAUCAGUACCCUGCUAGCACCAUCUUGGUCGUCUUCAGGUGCCCAGCUUCCAAAGGUGUUCCUGGAAGCACUCCCUCUACCUCCCACGAGUUCCUCUUUGGGUUGUCAUGGGAACCCUGGGGGGGGGGGGGGGAGGGCAUGAUGGACCUGGCCCGGUCCAAUGCAGUGCCGAUGCGCCCUGGUGCUGUUCAAUUCCAUUGCUGAAAGCUGUUUGUGGGCCUGAUAGGGUUGGGUUUAAACAUGCCUAGAUGUUCACUCAUUUUGUUCACCUUUUUACUGCUGAGGCCAUGUACAUUCUUGAACGUUUCACACAGUCGGCCUUAUUUCCUCUGCUGAGGAAAUUCCGCUCAGCCAUUGUCUUCACUGGUCCGUUUCCCCUGCUGUCCCACCCUGACAGGCGAAUGAAGACUUUUUCAGCUUAAUGCUGCCCCCUCGUGGCUGAGGGUGUAACUGUAGCAUAUCUGUGCAACGGACCCAUCCCAUAUAGCACUUACGCUUUUUGACCUUCUUGGUAGUCUGGUGGACUUCCUGCUUUAACAAGCUCUUCUCUGAGCAGAGGGAUUUAACCGGACUACAGGGUGAUGCUGUAUAAACAGUUUUUUUUCUGAAUGUAAAAUUGAUGGAAGAUGGCAAUUACUGGCUGGUGAUGCAGGCUUUAAAACUUGAAUAUGGCUAUGUUUUGUUUUUUAUAUAUGUGUAUAUAUAUAUAUAUAUAUAAAUCAAAGAUGAGAAAAAUACACUUUGGAAAAAAAAUGUGUUAGCUGUCUGAAUUUAUCCUAGUGGAGAUGAGGUAGGGUGAGUGAGGAAGGCAGUUUGUACUCAUGCGUGGAUGAAUGUCCAAUCAAACACAAUAAUACUGACAAACCAAUGAGUUAUUGCGUUUAUUCUGAACAGGAAGUCUGUGUAUGUGGGGGGAGGGGGGGUGUAUUUACCACAUUGUGUGGACCAAAUGUUAUUUGAAUAUAUAGAGCGGGGCAGUAGUGCGCCAGGUGCACUAGUUUGGAUGCGGGUGUGUCCAGAGAAGGCCACCUUUACCUUGAGGCAGCAGAUUUUACCCUCUCCUCAUAUUUAGGCGUUGGCCGUUUUAAAAUCCGUUAAACAAGCUCGGUGUCAGUGACGGAGUGUCGGUUGUCUGUAGCACUGAUUGGCCUUUGCUUGUGGAGCCAGAGGCGUGCUGCCUUGCCGGUGGCUGGCAUGUGUGUCCUAUCAGGCUGUGCCCCCCACCACCUGAAAAAUGGCUAUGCGCUCCCUAGCACCAUCUGCUGGCCAGUCAGUGUGCUGCAGCUCGGAUCUGUUGUACGUCUUUCCCCCAUUUUCUUCUCCUCUUACCAUCUUGCACCUACACUCUCCCUAAGUCUCUCUCUCUCUCCUUCGCCCCCCCCCUCGGUCAUCUUACUUUCUUCAGCCCCAUCACUAGCCCUAGUGCAUCUUGUAAUCCAGAUCUCUCCGCCUUUGAUAGCUGCUGAGAGCAGGCAGCGAUAUGAGAGAGAUUAAUAGAGCUGUCACCAUUAGGUGGCAUGGGACAUGGGGGGGGUGGGUUAUGGUGGUUAUGCAUGUCUGCCGAUUCGACUCUGCUGGCCGCUCGCUGGUCCCGACUGGUCCGCUGGCCGCUGUGGACUGCUAGUCCCGGCCUGGAUAUCACACGGGGCAUUUUGGCUCCCUCAUCACGCGUCGCUUUUAAACCCCCCGGUAGCUGAUCCUGACAUUUUAUCUGUGCUCUUCCUCGUCUGCUCUACUUCUACAGCCCCUUGGCUUCUCUGUCUCACUUCUACAAUUUUUCUAUUUUUAUUACCAUUUCCUGCCUUCCUGCUCUACAUUUAUAACGUAGAAAUGUUACUUAUCCCUCCUUUAUUGCCCGGGCAGCCUGUUCUCUGUCUCCUUGCUGCCGUCCCCCAAACACUGCGCUUCUUUCCUCUGAUUUUUCUCCGAAGAUUCAGGUCACUUCCUGAAGCUUUUUAAUCUUCCCUGCAGUCUUUUUUUCGACACAGACGCAUGUAAUGGUCUCCUGUUUAUAAAAUGUUUCUGCUGCUGGAUUAAUUUAUACAAAGAACUUUUUCAUUUAAUAAGCAAUUCAUCACGGGAUAUAGAAUAAGGUCGAACUUGUGUACAAUGCACUGCUGUUGUGAAAUGAUAUGUUCAUAUUACCAUUGGACAUUGAGCUGCUCAGAACGGGCUCAGUAUGAGGUGAAUGGCAAAGCUUUUCCUGAGUGGGAUAGUGGAAUUUGAGUGUUUACCUUGUGAUUCGUGUCUCUCCUAGUGACUGUUAGGUUAAUCAGGCUUAACAAGUCUCAAUCAGACUUGGAACACUGGUGUCAAGACUAGUCUACCGUGCUUCAAAUGAACCCUUCACAGCGAGUCCCUCUCUGAAAUCUCAAUCAUCCUUCCUUGACCUGUUAUAGGCGACGUAACUCACCUGUUCAUUAGUUAUUUUUAAGACAGACACUUGGUGGGAAUGUUUAUCUGGAUUUUCCACCUGAAGAGACUGAGUGUCUGGAUUGUUCUACGGAACCCAGGUGUUGUACCAUUGAUUUAAUCCAUAAUGUCUUCCAACCUGAUCUACAGAGAAUGAGGCAGACUCUACUGAUAAACAAAUUACAUUUUGCAUUCUUAUUUCCACUUAUCACUACCAAAAAUUACUAAACAAGUCUGACAUAUCUUGAUAGCUCUUCUAUUAAUUUCUGAGAUGAAAUUUCGCUACGUUAUGAAUAUUGACUAAGGAAAGUAAUGAAAUCAAAUUGCAAUUCAUAGCAUACAGAUGAUAACGAGGGCUUUUUAAUGCCUAAUAGGCUUGCAGUUGUCAUUUUAUUCUUUGCAUUUUCUUACAGAUUAGCUGUGGGCUCGACAGUCUAUCGCUGUGGAAGUUGUGGCUUUGCAUGUUUGGCAUGCAAAUACUUAACUGCUCCGGAGGGUGUUACAGUUUUGCAGCUACAUGUUUCGCUGGAGCAGUACAGGUUAAGCGUUUAGCGGCAAUUGCUGAGACCCAGAUAAAAGCCUGGACGUUUUGGAAAAAUGUCCAAAGUCGCCGCCAACUAGAGGCCGCCUAAUAACCCAGCCAUGCAUGUCCACGGGGGCCUCAGAGGGGCCCCACGGGGGCCCCACCUGGUCUUUACAUGGGUUUCCUGGGUUCUAACUGGGCUAGAGCUUAGCGCUGGCACUGGGUGCCCUUUGGGCUCAUCAGAAGAAUCGCCGAAGCCCAGCUGCAUGGUCUUACGGGGGUUCUUGGGAUCUCGGAUGGGUUUUUUUGGGGGGCUAUUUCUUUGGCUAUAUCUGGGUCGCACUUGGGCAGCAUUAACAUAGCUGUGUUUUAGACAGGCCAACCCCAUCGGGCUACAUGAUUGGCCAUUUCUGGGUCCUGCUUAGGUUUCCCAUUAAUGUAGGUUUGUUUCUGAGGACCAAACCCAAGGGUCUCCCCUCUAGGCUUCUUUCAUUGGCCAUAUAAGGGUCCCACUUGGGCCAAAUAACAAAUAAAACCUGGGCUAUAUAUUUAGGGUAAUUCAAGUCCUCGUGGGCUUUCGCUACAGUAAUUUGAGAAAUGUUUUAUUCCAACUCCUGCAGGAUUUUUGGUUUCGGUCAUUAUUUAUUCCAAAGUAUGGUCUGAAAUGUCUUUUUGCAUUUUGCCUCCUUAUAUGAACUCAACACUGCCACCUAGCGUUUGAGGUCCAUACCUGCACAGCGGCGCAUUUGCGCUAAGCAGAGCUCUAAAAUGGUCACCAUGGUGUAAAGUACGUCGAAGGCCUUAAUCACGAGGCUCACACGAGGGAGUAAAGAACAGUAAAUUGCCGCCAUACCUGCCUUUACCUCACAUCUAAAUCCAAACACUUGCUGCAGAACUGGAUGCCUGGGGAGCCGAAAGCCAAAUUUAUACAGCGACGGCGCCUUUUCUAUUACUCACAUUAAACUAAAUUCUUAUUACUUUAAAUUAGCAUUUUUAUAGCCUAUAGCUGACAGACCUCAAGUAAUUACCUACCACUGCAUUACUAACCCUUGGUAGAAUUUUGAAGCUCGAACCUAAUUUUUUUUGUUUUUAGAUUGCGUAACUGCACAGACAACUGUAGACGGGUAACUAACAAACUCAUUUACGUAACAUCAAUUUUCUCUGAUCUUUAAAAUUAGUUUGAAGGCUCACUCACUUCAUUUUACGCCUGUGGAGGUAUUAUGUUUAAAUCAAUAAAUUCACUUGCGGUG